ACGUUGUCAUGGAAUUUAGGUAGCUGCAGGGAGGUGAAUUCGCUUUCUCCGGUUGUAGUCAUGGCUCAAACCGGAUUCUGCGAUUCCAGGCCUCUGUUGGACCUACACAAAAAGGCAGAGGAAACGCGUGUACCUUUGAGGACUUGGGCUAACGCUUGCUCACCGAAAGAGCGUUGGACUCAAGUCGAGGAUUUUGCUACUAGGGGAGCUUUUAUGACUGCAGAGCAAGACCACAGAUGGGUGUUGCAUGGGUUGCACAUGUCUACAGAAGAUGGUUUUAUGGGCUACUCUGUACCCAAUGCCCGAAGAAGUUCAGAUUGCUGGGAGGAGCCACUACUGUGGCGUAUUUCAGGGCUUCAGCAUAUGCUGGUGCCGGGCCUCUUGCGGCAUGAGAUGGAGCUGGCGAUGAGCAAGCUUGGGCUCAUCUAUGACCGAACGUACGCCUGGGAUAUUUUCACGACCAUGAUGAGGAGUCAGUUGCAUCACACGUUUUCUAGUGCAGAGCUACCAGGGGCUUAUUCAGAGAAGAUGCUGGCGAUCCUGAUCGAUUGGCUCAUCCAAGUCCAUGAGGUCCUUCACUUCUCUGAGGAGACUCUGUACCUGACUGUGUACCUGCUGAACCGAGCUGUGCGCCUUCUUAAAGUGUCCAUCUCCAACUUGCAGCUCCUGGGUGUGGUCUGUCUCUUCCUUGCAGGCAAGAAGGAAGAGUGUUUACUUCCAGAGGUGUCAGAGCUGUGUCACCUGAUGGAGAACACCUACACCCCACACCAGCUGCUCAGGAUGGAGCGGCGGGUUCUCUGUGGCCUGGAGUUUGAGCUCUCCUACACCCCGCCCCUGCACUUCCUGCUUCUCUCUACGUGCAUCGCCCAAUGCAGCAACCAGAUGGUGUGGAUGGCCCGGUACCUGUUAGAGCUGUCCCUGCUGGAGGUCCAGUGUGUGGUGUUCCAGCCCAUCCACCUGGCUGGUGCCGCCCUACAGCUGGCCCGGUGUGUCCUGCAGGAGCCCCCGACACCCGAGGGCGAGACGGCCUGGUGCGUCAGCUCCAGUAUCUUUGUGGGCAGUGAGGCCACUCUCCUGGCCAUCAUGAGGAUUCUAGCUCUGGCUGCUGCCAGGGCACCCAUUGGAAGCACGAGGGCCUCCUUUCUCAAGUUUCGCACCGAAGACACCAUGUAUGUCAGCAAGCACCCGGCCUUGAUGACUGCCCCAAGCCUGCUCAAGGUGCCUGGUCUGCAGACCUAGGGAUUUGGAAGGCCCUCCUUUGGCUGUGGUGCGGAGUACAGCACUUUCCCCCAAAGAUGAGAAUGAGGAGCAAAGCGCCCAUGCAGUCAUCCCAUGCACAUGUGUUGCUGAGAUGGUUAGAAUGUAACGAGGAACCAAAUUUGUCAGUGCACUGUGUUUUAUGUAUACAAAAAAAAUGUCUAGUUUUAAAUGUUGCACUGUAGUCUGGUUCUACUCAACCACUGUUAAGGGAAUAUAUGCAAAGAUGACUUGAUCCCAGCACUUUAAAAUGUUCAUUGCUAGUGGUUUGUACGUGAAUGCGUUUUUUUUUAUGUGAAAAAUAAAUAUACAUGCUUCAAAAUA